CUCCAUUCGGUAGCGCAAGUCGGGAUCGAGAGGCGCUCCGGCUCGGGAAAUUAUACGCGCGUAUUUUUGUAAUGUGUGACAAUUAUUUACGGUGAUUCGAAUAAUGUUUAUGUCGGUGUGUCUUUUAGUUUUUUGUGUUUUUAAUAUCGUCAAAACUGGAAGUGGUGGUGAUGUGGUGCCGGAUAUUCCUAUGAUGCCAUUACCAACUAUUUUCCCUUCUGUUAAACCAAAUAGUGUACCAGGGUUUCCAAAACUUCCUAAAUCUCCUGACCUUUUUGAACAUAUUCGAGAUGCAGUAUUUACCGAUGGAAAUUCUGCGUUCGCACUCCUAAUUGGAACUCUUCGGACAUUUCAAAGAGCAGGGUGUGAUAAUGAAGUGGUGACCCUAAGGUGCCCUCCAGGCACAAGCAUCGCCAUUCAAGUGGCUCAAUAUGGAAAAUCCACCUCUACCGAAGGUCCAUGUGCUAAGAUGAUGUCUACGAAAUCUAGCUUAUUUCCUGAAAUUUAUGAUAAGAAAGUUUGCUUGCUACCCAGCUCAAUCCAGUAUGCCUUGUUGCAGACGGUCAUCGAAGCCUGCCAAAAGAAGCGCAUGUGCAAGUUCCAGACUUCACCCAUCACUUUUGGCGGUGACCCCUGCCCUGGAAUACCCAAGUACGUCGAGGUAGCCUACAAGUGCAAACCAUAUGAGUUUCGGAGUAAGACGGUAUGCGAAAACGAACGUAUACAGCUUAAGUGCAAUCCAAAUCAGAGAGUAGCCAUAUAUAGUGCGAGUUAUGGAAGGACCCAGUAUGAAAGCGUUCAGUGCCCUCAGGCUCCCGGCGUCCCCGAAGAAACUUGUUUAGCCAGCUACGCCACCGAAACAGCUAUGCAACUAUGUCACGGUAAAAGACGAUGCGAGAUGGCAGCUGAUAUAGGCACUUUCGGCAGCCCCUGCAGGCCACAAUCCAGGACUUAUUUGAAACUGGUUUACACUUGUGUACCAAGGAUUGUAUUGAAAGACACUUACGAUGGUCCACCCGAACCGGAUGAGCUGGAUUAUAAUCCCCACGAAUAUUUAGAUUUUGAAAAUUUUGAAAAUUAUGAUAACGAGAAUGAGCAUAUGGGAGAAUCUGCCGCUUCUCCUGGUUCGAAAGCAGACUCCAAAGAGGUUUUACACGAAAAUGCUACUGAAGAAGAUGAUCCUACUACUGAGCUGCCCAAUGUAUUCUGGUUUGAAAUUCAUCAAUUACACAUCAUUUAUGCAGGAAUUGGAAUCACCAUCAUUACCUUUGUAAUGGUAUCAGCAUUAGUUAUACGAUAUUUAUAUAAACGACAUCAACGCACCAAGGAUAAUAGCAAUAGCUAUGCUGCAAGUGGAUCUGAAAAUACUCUUCCGCAUGGAUUUACUGAUGAAAUUAGUGAGGUUGAUGCUGACAUCGACUUACAAACCACCUUACCACUUUCUAUACCAUCCGUAACCAUCCACCGUCCAUUACCACCAUGCCUACCAAACAUCGGUCCAUCCAUUUCCGAUGCAGUACGUUUUGCUGAGUAUCCAGAAUUUCCUCGCCUGCCUUCGCAUACUCGCACCUUUCGCGGAUCUGCUAGUGGAAUUUUGGAAACUGAAGUAGUUGCAACUCGCCCGAUUAUGUGUGAUGCCAGUACGAGUCACACUAGUCAAUAUUAUUAUGGAUGACCCGAGGUGACGGGGAGUGACACCAUUCCCCGUAGGAGCAUCGAAAUCCAGCGAGAAUCCGAGAGGCGAAACAGCAGUUUCGCUUGUCAGGAACCGCGUACCUAUUGUUUUUAAUUUUGUUAAUUUUGGAUUGUAAGAGGCACAGAAUAAGAAUUAGUGUAUUCCAUUUAUAGGUAAGAGUGCAAUAACUGUUGAAAACUGAAAGGUGAUAACAUUUGAUAUAGAUAGAAAAUACCUGCUCGAGGGUUCUCAUAGUUGUCCAGAAGUAUUUAGCAAUCAAAAUCACUUUCAAACUUGGUAAAAUCGUAACGAUUGCUCUUAUGUUCUUGCUUAU